AAUCUCUCCUGCCGAUGAAUCUUCAGUAUCUCAUCCAAUUUCUCCCCAAUUUUCUGUCGUUUUUUUUCUUCUUCUUAUUCGCCGUCUUCACUUUGGCCGCGCAAAAAAUGGAGGCUUGUUGGCAAAAAUCUCUGUGAAGAGUCAUUGAACAGUGAGAAAAAUGACUUUAUGGGCUCACCACUAUCAUGAAUCACCCUAAUUUCGAUGCCAAAUCGAAACCAAUCGCGGAUUCACGUUCCUCAUCCUCGUCAACGUCAUCGGGAUUCUCCCUAUUCCGGUGGUUUCGUCGAAAUGAGCGUGUAAGGCCAAAAGUAAACCCCCUUUCAGAACCCCAGGAGAACAAUCGGCAGAAGUUUGAUAGCUCAGAAACACUGAGCCCACCUGAAAGCCCAAAUCUCAGUCGAGGAUACAGAUCACAAAGUUCAAGUUGCGAUAGUAUUUUGAGCACAGAAACCACAGGUUUUGCAUUUGUGCCCGCAACAACGUCCUACCAUAAUGGUACAUUAAGUGAAAAUCAGCUGCCAAAGGGCUCUGGAAGUGAUUUGGAUACUUUCCGAAGGCGAAUAUUGGAGCAAAAACGCAACAGACAGGUUGAAUUGAAUUUAACAAAAAAGUACGGACUCUAUGCAACUGAUACACUCAAAUCUGUAAGAGAGGAUGCUGAGAGAUUGGAAUAUUCUGAUUUGAGCCUUCCUACGCCAGAUGUACCUUUGCGUUCACACCGUAGGACACACAGCGAAUCCGUACUGAAGGGAAAAGCGCCCCGAGUACACGUUAAAGGGAAGAGAAAAGCUCCACAGCCACCCAACGUAGGAGAAAAAAAUCAGAAUCAUCUUCAGAUUCACGAAACUGUAUCACCAGCAUCGACACUAGGGCGGAAAAAACGACGAGCACCUCAACCACCGGAAGUGGUGGAAAAUGCCCCAAAGUCCAUCCUUGAUGGUGGUCUUUUGGACGAUAAAGAAAUUCAGGCAAUUAUUGGAGGAGGACCUGCAAGAGACUGUGGAUCAACAAUGGAUCGUAUCCGAGUACCAGUAGUUGAGGAAAUAAAAGAAGAUGUUCUCGCAAAUGACACUUUAAAGCUAGAAAAGGGAGUUCUUAAGCCCAUUAAACCAACAGAAGUGAAGGAAGAAGCUAAAAUAGCAACCCCCUCUUCACCAAUUUCACCCCGUCCAUGGUACAAAAGACCCCUCAGUGGGAACCGUGACACAUCUAUACCAUUCAAAAAGGAAGUUAUCUUGCGAACUGUUGACAAGAGGCGCCGGGAACCAAAAGAGAAGGAGAACGAUGCUUUACCCGAAGUUAACUACUCAAGAAAUUCAUCCCUCUUCGAUAGCAGCAAAUUCGGCCUAUUCUCCCGUCAUCAUACACGCGAGGAGACAAAACGACGAUCAGGAAUUGGAAUUCCCAACAUAAGUGAGCUCGAUCGUGAGGCAGCAGAAAUUGUGAAGCAAGAGAAAGAAUCUCGCGGUCUGAGUCCACCACAAGCACUUAUUCUCAGGCCCCAGAUGUUUGCAUCACCCCAAUCAUCGCUGGAUGAUGACGAUGAAGAUGGACCGAGGAAGUCAACCAAGGAGUUAAUCUCCAAAUUCGAGGCCUCCUCGAAUGGUGCUCGGAUCACACUCAACACGUCAUUCAUUGGGCGCACAGAUAACUUUGUCGACAGCCGCACGAGAGUGAGUGCAAAUGAAGAGACUAUAAAUAAAGUGGAUGGACUGAACUCUCCAAUGGCACAGAAACGGCGUAUUUUUAGUGACACUCAGAGUCCACCGAAUUCACCAGCAAAAGUUGUGAAUCAGGAAAAUCCCAAAGAAUCAUCGCAGCAAGGGAAGGAUGAUAAGGAAGGUCUCAAGCCCAUAGGGAUCUGGACGUGUCCCUAUUGUACACUUGAAAAUCCCAAUUGGAGAAUUCUCUGUGAGGCAUGUGAAAGGAUUAAGCCGUAUGAUAAGCGACUUGUAAACCUAAUGGAACCAGAAACAAAACCAAAUCACCAAGCUAGACAGCAAUUUAUCAAGAAGCCCUCCUCACCAAAGGAUAAUUGGGAAAGAAAGGCUGAAAUUGUCAAAAGAUAUUUCAAUCCUAGUCAAGGUGGGAAUGCAUUGGCUAAAUCCGCAUCGGAAACAUCCAUUGGGAUGCCAGUAAAGCGGAAUUCUCCAAGUAGAUUAAUUGGAUCGCCAAAAUUCACAUUUCGUGGUUUAAUUCAACGAUCCUCCCCUGAGAAAGUUGAAAUUGAAAAGGGCAUCGACGAAGAGGACAGUGAUGUGGAGAACUUUGAAGUUUUGACCAAGGGACGAGAUGGUACACCGGAUAUUGAAGAAUUACGGCAAGUUCGAUUGAAUCGAUUUAAAAUUGAGAAAGCAGUCAAUCCCCUAACAGACAGAGACUCCCUAGAGAAGGAGAAAAAGCGACUUCGAGAAAUGAUAAGAGCCAUGAAUGCUAAAGCAUUAGCAGAGAAAUAUCCAGUAAUUCAGAAAGCUGCUUCUCUCGACGAAGCUUCUUCCCCAUCCAAAGGGGCCAUUAAGAAAACCUACCCAAAGACUGAUCACAGCCCCGAUGAAAUUAAAAAAGAAACCGAAAAAUCAACUAAAGUUUCAACUUCAGCUCAAACUGGUGCCAUUGUUAAGAAAACAUCCAGUCCGGAGAAGGAAGAGCAAUCAAAUGGGAAGGAAAAGAGUAUCCCAGAACCAAUUUAUGCUAAUUUAAAUUGUCAAGUGAAUCAUGUAAAAUUCUCAGAGGUGGAAAAGGCCAAAGUGGAAGAACUCACGGAACAGCUAAAGUCUGUUAAAGGGCGCGAAGAAUUUAAGGCAACACUUAAAUUUUCUGAACUAACCGGAAAUACAAACACACUGGCUAUUAACAAAAUUAUGAAAUCCCUUGAGAUGGCCAUAGUUGAAGGUCAGCACGAAUUGGCAGCCACACUUGCUAAAGAUUUGGCAAAGAUGAAGGUUUCCCUGUCUGUGACGAGACAGAAGACGAGACCACUCUCCAUCACGGAUAUCGACAUGAAACCAUUCAUGAUUGAUCUAUACGUGGAGGAUAAGGUUGCUCACAAGGGACCUCUACAAAUAUCCGUAACUAGUCAAAUGACCCUCAAGGAUCUCAAAGAGAAAGUUUCAAAGGACUUUAGUAUCCCCAUUGAUGUUCAACGAUGGAUCCUUAACGAUCAACUAGCAACAGACGAGAACAAGCAACUUAUCGACUUUAGCAUCAGAGAUAGUUCUGCAACAGUCUACCUCUACUUAGUGACUCCACCAGCGAGGAAACCCAGCCACAAAGAUCCAAUGAAGUACUUCCUUGCGGAAGAAGAUCAAUUUAGUAUUUGUGGUUCGGACGAAGAGAUUCAGAAUGAGAAAGUAAUUGCUGAAGAUGCUGUAGAGGACGUAGGAGCUAUAGCUUUGGUUGUUGAUAAAGAAAAAACGGAUACUCUUGAAAAAGGAUGGCCAUGCCCUCUGUGUACGCUAAUUAAUUCACCCACUCGGCUAGGAUGUGGGGUUUGUUCGGAAGCUCGUCCCCUGGACUACAUCCUUCCACAGGGAUAUCAAAAAGUCGAGAAACCACAAGAAGAGGAGGUUAAAGAGAAGGUCGAGAACGUUGUGUUGCGCCCACUUGAACGAAAGAACGAUCUCAAUCGUGUGAAUCCCAACAGGAAGUCUGCAGAACUAUUUAACAUCGUCCAAGAGGAGAUUCGCUUCAAGACGCCCGGUUUGCAAAUUCCUAGUCCCAAUAUAACGAAGAACAAGUACCGCGGUGUCUACAACUACAACCCCAAGACGAAGUAUACUCAAAUUUCUAGUCAAUGUAGUCAAGUAACACCCAAAGAGCCCAAGAAACUCGCCCCACAGCCACCAAGUCUCCAUAAGGAACUCCUCAGUCUUGAUAAUGCAGAAUUGGUGGCUAACAUUGAACCAUUCGAGUGUCCCAUUUGCUUUAUGAAAUUUCAACCAGGAGAAGGGGCUAUCCUACGCGACUGUCUUCACACUUUUUGCCGGGAAUGCCUAGGACACACCGUGGAGUACUGCGAGGAUGCCGAAGUCAAGUGCCCCUUCAUGGAUGCCGUCUACAGUUGCGAUUCUGUCCUGCAGGAUCGCGAAAUAAAGGCCGUUGUGACGCGGGAAGUGUACGAAAAGUAUCUAGCCAAGUCCGUUCGCCAGGCAGAAAAUAAAAUUGAGAAUGCCUUUCAUUGCAAAACACCCAAUUGCAGAGGAUGGUGCAUCUACGAAGACAAUGUGAAUCUCUUCAAGUGUCCUGUGUGCAAAAUAACCAAUUGCCUCACGUGCCAGGUAAUUCACGAUGGUCUCAACUGCAAACAAUACCAGGAUCGGAUGAAUAGCGACUGCGACAGUAAUGCUGAAGCACGGAGCACAAAGAUGAUGCUGGAAACGAUGGUGGACAAGGGUGAGGCCAUGAAAUGUCCCACAUGCCAAGUGAUCUUGAUGAAGAAGUGGGGCUGCGAUUGGCUAAAGUGUUCCAUGUGCAAAACGGAAAUAUGCUGGGUCACUCGUGGACCACGCUGGGGUCCUGCAGGAAAAGGCGACACCUCAGCCGGCUGCAAAUGUGGCGUUGACAGCAAGAAGUGCCAUCCACAAUGCAACUACUGCCACUGAAACAAAACGUGAGAUUAUAUUUUAUUAGGACAUGGAGUGUGAAAGAUUGUGAUUUAUGAUUGAAAAUUAUUUUUUAAAUAAAUUUAUUUCAAAUAAUAA